UAUUUGAACAACUUGCUGAUUAUGUUUGCAAAGAUUUCAUCAUCAUCAUUAUUAACCUAGCUAAAGGAGAGCUGAAGAGCGCUAACUGAUAGUAUACAGUACAUUACCCAGCAUGUCUACAGGAUUCUUGUUGAUGCACAGUGAUUUACAUAACCAGUAUAUUAUGCAAAACAAUUAGGAUUUUAAUAAAACCGGGCAUACAGUUUGACUGAAUUAGAAACAUUAUACCCAAAUACAGUAGGAUGUUGAUUAUCUGGAUAACUGUAGACUUGCUGGGUAGUUUUUUAUUUUAUUUUAACAACUAAGGUUGUUUUUAUUAUAGUUUGUGUACUAUUUGAAAUACAAAUAGGUCAAAAUGCUAUUUAAAUAGUUCUCAAUAAUUCUGAAUGGAUCUGCAGAGUUCUGUUACUUUACCAUGUAGCAAGUGGAGUCGCCAGAGUUAAGGGUCACAUUAUCACAUGAUUUCCCAAGUCCAGGAAGCAAAAGCAAGAUGGCAGCCAGUUUAAGCAAUAGUAGAGCAACAGAGAAGAAAAUAAAUAAAGGGAUUUGUUGCUACACUUUUAAACACAGUUUAUCAAUACAGAAAUGUGUCCAGUCCUGCAGUAUGGGAUACCACUUCAGGCUGGAUUGCAAAUGUAUGUCAAAAUAAUUACGCUAGCAAGUGAAACUAAUUAGUGUUUGAAAAUGUGUUGUUUUUUUGGAAAAUCCAGAACUCACAAAGACUUGAAAGGAAUGCAUUUUGAAUGUACAAACACAAAAAGACAGCAAAUUGGAAUUUAGUGCGAAACACUGAAAAGCAUUAGCUCUCCAGUAAAUUCUGUGCAGUUCCAUGCAGGUAACUAGCAUGCUAAUGCUUUAUAAAUAAGUGUGGUUAACUCAUGCACAAGGUGUGUUGUAAUUGCAAUGUUAUUAACAUGCACAUGAGAUUUUGUGUUCCAGCUUUGUCUCGAUCCUAGUGUAUUUGCAUGCUAACCAAGUAGAAGAUAUUAAAGGUCAUUUGCAUGCGGCAGGCAGACGAUGAACUAAACUCCCUCCAUGCCUCCUCCUCCUCCUCCUCUUUCUCUCCCUAUGAGAUUCGACUCAGAAAAUUGGUUGAUGAAAGAGAGAGCUUGUUGGAGCAGAUCAGGAAGUUGAAAGCCCAGUUGGACGACAAGAAGAAAAAUGUCAAUGUGGAAAGCGUGGUCUCUGAAGAGGAGGUGCUGGAGAACGGCACGGACGUGCACGUGAUGGAUCUACAGAGAGAUUCUAACAGGCAAAUUAGUGACCUCAAAUUUAAACUAGUAAAAUCAGAACAAGAAGUAACAACUUUGGAACAAAACGUAAUACGAUUGGAAGGUCAGGUUACUCGCUACAAAAGUGCUUCAGAAAACGCUGAGAAGGUGGAAGAUGAUCUCAAAGCUGAAAAGCGCAAGCUGCAAAGAGAGCUUCGUACUGCACUGGAUAAAAUCGACGAGCUGGAAGUAGGGAACAGCCACCUAGUGAAGCGCCUGGAGAAAAUGAAGGCAAACAGAAGCGCCCUGAUGUCCCAGCAAUAAUCACACAAAAUGUACACAAAAAAAAAAUCACAGGCCGACGGCUGAUUGAAUAUCACACAGGACGUUCAUUUUUGCUUCACUGUACCAUGCACUAUAAAAAAAAAAAAAGCAAAAAAAAAAUGUAUAAUACAAUUGCACAGAUAUGAUACAUGCCCAAUGUGCCACUUCAUAUCCUGGUCUUCUGGGAAUUGGCUACCAAGCAACACCCCCAACACUACCACGAGGUAUCCAGGGUGGCAGAUGAACUUUGUGCCUAGCUUCGUUUAUCGCUUUACAAUAAUAGAUGGGUCUUGACUGACCGUUGCAGCCAGUUGUCCCAGUCCGAAUGAUUGGGGAUUUGGAAGCGUCUUGAGCCCUUGUUCAGUGUUGUCACUGGACAACACAUGAUAUAAAGAUCCAUUAUCUGGAAAUGAAAAGCGCUGUCUCAACGCUAAGGAACAUUCUGCAUGGAAGUCUUGAUCCUGUUCUCCUCUGGAACCUCCUGUCUGCGUGCCCACACUGGUUCUGGAGCCGUCCAUUUGCACGCUGCUUGUUUGAAACACCACUGUAACUAAUACAUACGUGUCAUUCACUUAUAUAAAGCUUGGUGCAGGAAGCUUGGCAUUUUCUUCUUGUUGCUCUGUUUUAAGCAGACAAUUGUGUCAGUGUUUGGAGACUAAGGGAAUUAAAUGCAGCAUUAACCUGCAUCCUAUUUUUUUUUUUUGGUUUUGUUUUCUUCUCCCAUUUGAAUGUAAGGUAUCAGAAAUGCUGUCACAGUUAUACCUCCUUUUCAAGCCAAAAUCAGCAUUACCUUUUUCCUCCUCUGGAGUUACUUUGUUUCUUGUGUUAAAGCUGGUUCUAGCUCCUGUAACCAAUGGUAUCCCUUGAUGUAGGUGAACCAUGGAACCUGCAUAUGGCCUUAGCGUAGCAUGAGCUAAUUUACAAGCAAUAUUAUUCUUGUUUAUUUUUUACAGAACAUACUGUAAACAACCAUCACCGUGGAAAAUAUCACAUUUGUGAUUCACCAGCUUUUAUUGUCACAACUUUCUUUAACAAAAGUAAACAACUGCAGUAAUAUGACUUAGUUGUAUGCAUUAUUAUUAUUUUUUUGUUGUAUUUGUACUAGAAAUACAGCAUAAGUGAGCAUAAUUAGAUUGUAGAAAUAUUGGACAGCAAACAUCGAAAGUAAUUUUAUGCCACUGAGUGUAAAGCAUUUUAAAUAUCUCACACGCCAGGAAUACAAAAACAACUGUACUAUAUGAAAAAUGACUUGGCCAUAGUCAGUGUGUGUAAUAUAUAUAUAGCGUGGCCUGCAGGAAUACUGUCCGACUUCCUCCCAACUCCGGGGUUUGUUAUCUUCAGCUCUGGAAGAUGCAUUGAAAUAGUGUUUACAAAGCUUUAAACAUCUUCAAAAUGUAUAUUCAUUGUGCAAUAUUUUAAGUGUCUAUUAAAGGAUUCAAACUUUAAA